AUGCAACGCGCGAACCGGGCCGUGACCUUCCAGGAGCUCUACGCCAGGGCCAGGCUCUACAUGCGCUACCACGUCAUCAUCUCCGUGCUGCUGCUGGGCGCCGCGACGGGGCUCUUCCUCCUCAACAUCAACAGCUUCCUCCGCCAGAGCGGGGUGGUCGUGAACGGCAGCUCGCCGCCUACGAGGAGGAGCGGGGCGGAUGCUCCUUACAAGGACGAGUCCGAGUCACGUUCCCUCGUGAAGAAGCUGACCCGCCGGGCGAUCGCCGAAAACGCCGUCCCCGACCGCCUCCUCACGGUCGUCAUCCUCACCCGGGACCGGCCCUGGAGCCUGGAGAGGCUGCUGGUCUCGCUCUCCGCGGCAAGGUACGACCAGGGGGUCAGGGUCAACCUCAUCCUCAGGCAGGACCUCCCUGCCAACGGCGUGCUCUGCCAGGACACGGCCAGGAUCAUCCGGAGGCUCUACUGGCCCCACGGCUCCGUCGACCACGCCAUCGAACAAGCGCCCAGGGGGCCCAUGCGCAUGUGGCUCGGCGCCUACGCCCCCUCCGGCCCCACGGACUACUUCCUCGUCCUGGAGGACGACAUGGAGGUCAGCCGCUUCUACUGCCGCUGGGUGCUCGCCGCCCUCGACCGCUUCCGCCUCGACUCCACCGUCUUCGCCGUGUCCGCGUCCAAGCCCGAGCUCAGGGGCAGGGACCCGCUGGGGCUCGGCCCGGUCCAGUCCAGCAUCCCCGCCGGCACCACCCACGUCAAGUACAGGAUGCCCACCCCGGACGCCCUCGCCCCCGUUCCCAGGCACUGGAACGCCUUCCGCACCUGGGCGGUGAAGAUGCUCGACAGCGAUGGCUUCGACCCCACGCUCACGGAAGAGGUCGACGUCCGCGACCUCCGCCCCUUCGAGAUCUACAGGGAGAUGCGCGCCAUCGGGAGGCAGGAGCUCGCCUGGACCGCCUUCCUCGUCCGCUACACCUUCGAGGUCGGCCAGUCCACCGUCUACCCCUGGACCCCCACCGGCGCCUCCCUCGCCCGCUCCUGGGACGAGCCCGACGCCCUCACCCGCCACGGCCGCGGCCCUACCUCCGACCUCCUCGCCGUCUGGGACCCGGCCCUCGUCCGCUGGAACCCCAGGGCUGGAGUCAGGCUCGACUACACGGGCAGGCCCAUGUCUCCUUGA